AUGGAGGAUGGGAAAGUGUCCCUGUCUUUGAAAAAAGUGGACCACAAGACUAGAGAAGAUCUCAAUCCGCAGGAAGCUUCAUUUCCUGUAGGCGCUGUUAGCGUUAGUGAUCUGCAAAUUUCAAAAGCUCCAAGGGUAAAUCCUAAAAGCUCAUCUGGCGUUAAUGGAACUGAUUCUAAUGGUGCAUUUUUGCAAGAGUUGUAUACGGAUGUCAACGCCGGAAAUGUGGGAGCGGCAAACAUGAUGGGUGCUGGUGUAUAUGGACCAACAUAG